AACAAAUAAUCGAUUCUAACCUGUAACUAACUGUAAGAAAUAUAAACACUUGCAACGAUGGCUAACAAAAAGCCGACGCGUGAUCUCAUUGGCAUUAUAUGGCAAAACUUCUUGCGUUCGCUGCGACCGCGACAAUUUCGUGGCAAUUACAUUGGCGAAGAUUACUUUGGCAAUAAAUACUAUGAAAUACCGGCGAAUCCAUCGAUUGGCAAACGCAAAUCCUCGCGUUGGUUUGAGCCCGCCGACAAGGAUGCCUUUGAUCAGGAGCUGACAGCCGAGUGGGAGGCGUGGCUGCGCGGACGACGCGAGGAGCCGCCCACACGCGAUGAACUGGUCAAGAAUCUUCAAAUCAUGGACAUGAAAAAGCGCAAUGCAGCCGAACUGGAUGCCCACUACGCCAAGGCCAAGGAUGCGGCGGCAAUGCCCAAGCAGGUGGAGGGUGAAACGAUCGGCACCUAUCCCAAGUACGAGGAGUACGAGAUUAUGCCCGGCAAGAAGAACAAGGGGCAAUAGAAUUAACAUGUUCCUCGUAAUUUGAAUUAAUUUGUAAAUAUACGUAUUUCUUAGAUUAUGUUUAUGCUAUCCAAAAAAAUGUGUUUGCCAAUCAGUGCAGCGAGUUCAUCUUUUUAGCCGUUUUUUGUUAGGUGUGUUUAAUAAUAUUCUUGCAUAUAGUAUUUAAAUUUGUCGAGAGAUUUGUUACAAUAUAUCCCAACACCAUUCGGCUAUACCUGUUCACUAUAUCAUAAAGCUAAGAUAUAAUAGCUCUAGCAAGAUUUGUAUACAUUGAAGGAGAAUAUCAAACCUUCUGUUGU